AUGAGCAAAGGAAAGGUCUGCCUCGCCUACUCUGGCGGUCUUGACACCAGCUGCAUCCUCAAGUGGCUGCUCGAGGAGGGCUACGAGGUCGUCUGCUUCCUCGCCAACGUCGGCCAGGAGGAGGACUGGGAGGCCGUCAAGGCCAAGUCCGCGCUGCUCGGCGCCUCCAAGAUGAUCAUCAGCGACCUGCGCCGCGAGUUUGUCGAGGAGCUGUGCUUCCGCGCCGUCCAGUGCAACGCCCAGUACGAGGGCCGCUACCUGCUGGGCACCUCGCUGGCCCGCCCCGUCAUUGCCCGCGCCCAGAUGCAGGUCGCCCAGCAGGAGGGCUGCCAGUACGUCUCGCACGGCUGCACCGGCAAGGGCAACGACCAGGUGCGCUUCGAGCUGGCCUUCCUGACCAUCGACCCCGCCAUCAAGAUCAUCGCCCCCUGGCGCAUGCCCGCGUUCUUCAACCGCUUCCAGGGCCGCCUGGACCUGCUCGACUACGCCGCGUCCACGGGCAUCCCCGUCACGUCGACCAAGGCCAAGCCCUACAGCAUGGACGACAACCUGGCCCACUGCUCCUACGAGAGCGGCUCGCUCGAGGACCCCUCGCAGCCGCCGCCCGUCGACAUGUGGACGCGCACCGACGACCCCGAGACGGCGCCCAGCACGCCGCAGGACAUCCAGAUUGUGUUUGCCAAGGGCCUGCCCGUCAAGCUCGUCGCCGACGGGCAGACGUACACGGACAGCGUCGAGCUGUUUCUGCAGGCCAACGCGCUGGGCAAGACGCACGGCAUCGGCCGCAUCGACAUUGUCGAGAACCGCUUCAUCGGCCUCAAGAGCCGCGGCUGCUACGACGCGCCCGGCAUGACGCUCCUGCGCCUCGCCCACCUCGACCUCGAGGGCCUCGUGCUCGACGGCAAGGUGCGCUCGCUGCGCGACCAGUUUGUCACGCACCACUGGUCCGAGCUGCUCUACAACGGCAUGUACUUUUCGCCCGAGCGCGAGUUUGUCGAGAACGCGCUGCUCUUCUCGCAGCGCCUCGUCAACGGCGAGGUCCGCCUGCGCCUCUACAAGGGCAGCGCCUACGUGCUCGGCCGCAGCAGCCCCGACUCCAAGCUCUACUCGUCCGAGGAGUCCAGCAUGGACUCGCUCGUCGACUUCAGCCCCGUCGACACCAGCGGCUUCAUCAACAUCAACGCCAUCCGCCUCAAAAAGUACGGCCUGCAAAAGGCCGAGCUGGGCGAGUCGCUGGCCAAGUCGUCGUAA